AUGCGUACCACGGACAAGCAACCCACCCUCCCCACCCCGCCACAGCUCCCAGCGGAUCACACCGGUCUGGCCAACGCCAGCACCGAUGUCAUAUCCGGAUAUGGAUAUGCUUUCUCCACACAGGCAGUGCAGGCUGCCCAUGUACUUUCCCACCGGACCCCUCCCUCGCCAUCGGCAUCGGCAUCGCCAUCCUCAGUGGGCAAUUCUAUCGCCGAUGCCGACUCCCUGUCCCAUUCCGCUCUCAAUACCGGGUCCGGAUCUAGACCGUCGCCGGGACAUGUCGGGGCGGUUGAGACGGAACCACCGGUGGUGGACUUUUUGGAUCUUGGGAAUGGGAUUGGGAGGAAGGUUAGGGUGUUUUUGAUUAUUUUCUUGGGGGCUGUUGGGGUUGUUGAGGUUUUGUUCUGGGGCCGGGGGGUUUGGGUUUGGUAUACUGGGAACGGCAAGGGCAAGGGUGGAGGAAGUGGGAGUUGGCGGGAUAGUUAUGGUGCAAAGUAG